AUGGCGUCUAGGGCGUCAGAGCCUCCAGGGGAGUCCAUUGAUCCAGCAGACCAGACAGACUCUUCGGGCAUGGCCAUGACAGACGGCGCCUCACCCAACCCUCAACUCUACAAAUUACCAGUGCGCCCGAGGCUCAUCAGUCCCGCGCCAAACCGUCGCCGCCGCUGCGCGUCGCCCAAGUCGCUCCUAGCACCCCCAUCGCCCCCAUCGCCUACGGACUCUGGCUACGGUUCUAAGGCAGCCGGAACACCCCAGAAUAUCAACGAGAAUAAGAAGGUGGCCGCCACGCUCUUCUCCUCACUGGUUGCACAUGCUUAUAAUAUCUACGACGGACCGAGCUGCAGCGACAAUGGUGGUCAGACUGACUCUGAUGAGAGGGUUAGCGAAGAUGUUGACCUUUUCCCCGGUGGCAGCCCGCCACCGACCACCAAGGAUUCUAUCUCGCACAAGAUUUCGACCCCUACGCGCCCUUCAACUACGACAAAUGUGUCCUUCUAUCUCGAACAGCCUAUGGUGAAGCAGGGUCAAAUCUCAGCUGCCGUCGCCUUGCAGAAAGUGUUCAGGGGCUCCCUCCGCCUUCCAGACCGGUUCGUCCCGGUUCGAGACUCGUUCAUCCCCAGCUCGGAGAAGUUCAAGACGACAAAGCCCGUUGGGCAGAUGUCCACGGCCGAGAGGUUGCUUCGGCACGAGCGUGAAACCCCCGACGCAUUCUGUUUGCGUCCGCGCCGAAACGGCUCUGCGGUCCGAACCGGCUCUGAUCUCCGAAACGGCUCUGCGGUAUUCGACCCUCUCAUUCUCGAAGCACGCGAGACGUACGGCAUUGUGCGGGAAGGCUUUAGAACUGCCCUGGCCACAAUCCCGCAGCGCGAAGGAGCGCGGGCGAACAGCGGCUCAGUCUGGGCCGUCGGCGGCGUUGCUCCUGACAUCAACAGCGUCAGUAUCGCCGUUGGUGAUGGUCGUGGCAACUUCGCGCUGAGAGGUACAAACACUCGUUUCUUCUCGUGUGACUUCUUGGGUCCGGAUCUCAAGCCGGACGAGGAAGCGGAGCAACACCAGGGAAGGCUGGCUGCGGCCCUCGAGAUCGACCGUGCUCUCCGUAUCCUCGACUUCGAUUUUACCGGGUCUCCUCACAAAGCUUCGAGAAAGAAGGCACCGAGGUGGGAUAGGAUGUCCCCUCGGAAGACCUUCUGGAAUGGGGCCCAGUGGAUCAAUGACGCGAAGCCUCCGAUUGGCCUCGGUAGCACCCUGUACACGUGGUCGGAAGCGGCGGGCGUCAACACACUGGACAAUCAGUUCUCAUCGAGUCACAUCACAUCAGUCGCCUUCUCUUCGUGCGGCGGCGGCAAAGAGAUCAUCGCGUACGGAACCUCGGACAAAACGGUAUGCCUGAUGGCCCUGUACGAGCGGAGGCCCCGCAUGGAACUCCUGCAACCCGAUCCCGUUACGAACCCGAACCAUCCUGGCGUCAAUGUCGAGACGGAGGAUCUGCUCGUUGGUGACGAGAAGGGCAACAUCUACUACCUGAUCGUCGAAUGGCCAUUCGACUGGGAGGUGGCAAGGGAUAACUGGAAGGGAGAGGUAAGGGUCGUCCACAUGAUCAACGCGCACCGCCAGCAGAUCUGUGGACUCGCCUGGUCCAAGAUGGGCAACAUGUUUGCUUCAGGUAGCAACGACAACAACUGCUGCCUGUUCGAUACUGAAGAGGUCCUCGGAUCAGCGCCCAGCCCCACCAUGACAACUAGGGGCAGCGAGGAGAUGAACGCGACAGAACAGGCCUUCGACCCGGAACCGCGUUACGAGCCUGAAGAAACGGACGACGAGGAUGGCGGAAGUGCCCUGAGGCAUCCAAUCAUCGCCAAUCCCCUGCCUCUCGGAUCUGAGAAGCACCGAUGGCCGCACGGCGCCGCCGUCAAGGCCAUCGCAUUCUGUCCCUGGCAGGAGGGCCUCGUCGCGACGGGCGGUGGCUCUUACGAUAGAUGCAUUCACUUCUUUCACGCAACUACCGGCGUAGCCCUGGCCACCAUUGCCGUGGCCUCGCAGGUAACGGGCCUGAUGUGGAGCACGACGCGGCGUGAGAUAGCCGCCACCUUUGGCUACCCUCAGCCGGACCAUCCAUACCGCAUCGCCGUCUUCGCAUGGCCGAGUUGCAGACAGAUUGCCGCCAUCCCCUGGGAGGGUAAGCACCGGGCCCUGUGCGCGGUUCAGUAUCCAAUCGAGCCACCGAGAUCAUCGAUUCCGUGGAAGGAACGAUCCCGACAGAGGCGGUCGGGUCAGCGCGACGAACUUCAAGACAUGUUGUCGAGCGUCAACAGCAACCGCGGCGGGUGCGUCGUGGUUGCGGCCAGCGACGAAAGCGUCAAGUUUUACGAAGUUUGGCCCGCCAACAAGAAAACUGCCACCGGGGGCGUCGGAAUGCUGGGCGGUAGUGACAUACUCGAAUCGCUCGAGGGCAUCUACAAGGGAGGUGGAACUAUUCGCUGA